GAGGACGUGAGCCUCGCGGGAAGCGCUUCUAGUGUUUACAACGUGAGUGAGCAUGGCGGCGCAGCUGAAGGAGCGGCUGAAGGAUGCAGUAAAGAUUUUGGGAUGUGGCAGUGCUCUGUUCCUGGGUUACCUCACUGUGUCUGGAGAUGAACGGUUCUACGCUAGCGCCCUCAUGCCUGUCCUGCAGAAGCUGAUAGGAGCAGAAACAGCUCAUGUGAUGGCUGUGCGGCUUCUCAGUCUCGGCCUGGUGCCCAGAAACCGCUACCAGGACCCUGCCUCACUGGAGGUGAAUGUGAUGGGUCAAAGAUUUAGAAACCCUGUUGGGAUCGCGGCAGGCUUUGACAAGCACGGGGAGGCAGUGGACGCUCUAUACCGGUUGGGAUUUGGCUUUGUGGAAGUGGGAACAGUCACCCCUAAGCCGCAAGAGGGAAACCCCAAGCCUCGUGUGUUUAGACUUGAAGCUGAUCAGGCAGUCAUUAACAGAUACGGGUUUAACAGUUGUGGCCUGUUAGCCGUUCAGGAGAGAUUAAAAGCCAGAGCAUGUGUUCAGUCGGAACUCACAAGAGCAGGCACACCUCUUGGUAUCAACCUAGGUAAAAACAAGCUGUCCACUGACGCAGCAGCUGAUUACCUGGAGGGCGUGCGGACUCUCGGCCCCCUCGCUGAUUACCUGGUGGUGAAUGUUAGCAGCCCCAACACUCCUGGCCUCCGAAACUUGCAGGGCAAAGAAGAACUGCGCCAUCUUCUGGAGAAGGUACUGAAAGAGCGCGACUCUCUGAAAGGGACGAACCGGCCGCCAGUGAUGGUGAAGAUUGCUCCUGAUCUUUCGCAGCAGGACAAACAGGACAUUGCUGAGGUCAUCACAGAGCUUGGCUUGGAUGGCUUAAUAGUCUCCAACACCACUGUGUCCAGACCUGAGACCCUGCAGGACCCCAAAAAGAAUGAGACUGGCGGGCUCAGUGGUCAGCCUCUCAAAGAGCUGUCUACUUGCAUGGUGUGGGAGAUGUAUACCUUGACGAAAGGGAAGGUGCCCAUUAUUGGAGUGGGUGGAGUAGCCAGUGGUCAGGAUGCCCUGGAUAAGAUCCGUGCCGGAGCCUCACUAGUUCAACUCUACACAGCGCUGGUGUACCAGGGGCCUCCUGUCGUCAACAAGAUCAAAAGGGAACUACAUGAGCUUUUAAUGGAGCAAGGAUUCACUAGUGUAUCAGAAGCAGUGGGUGCUGACCACAGAACUUCUGAAGGUGCGACACUAUUGCGUGAUCCUCAGAAGGACUGUGCUCAUCACAAGGCCAAAUCUGCAGCAGUUUCAGUGAGCUAGGCCCUAGAGCACAGCCCAGUUGUCAUGCAAUUACUUGGACCCUGAGAGCAGCCCAGGCUACAGCAAAGUGAAGGGUCCAAAUCAGACUUAUUUUUCUCCUUGAGGCGGUCAGAUUUGCGGGUUUAGCCGAGCGUUUGUGGUCCUAGGCAGACAUGACUCCAUCAGUGAUUUAACUGGCUCUAAAUCAGAACUGAUAAGUUCUGGGUAGAGGCGAUUGAUCGCUGCAUGGACUUCAAGGAAAACAUCAGCUUCAUAUCUGAUGUGGAGGGAAAAAUGUUUUGAUCUAAUGUGACUGGCUGUCUAAACAAAGCCUCCCUGUGAGUUUAAGUAUCAUGGUUCAGGAAUCACAGUAGAACACAUGAACAGAGAGGAGGAUCAACAGGAUUAAGGGGCAGUUUCAUGAAGAUGGACCAUCUUUUGUAAUCAAGUUUUGCCUUGUCUGUUAGCAUUUAAUAAUAAUUAUGAAUAAUGUAAGGGUGAUGUUCUCUCCUUUAUUUUUGUUUUCUGUUGUCACCAUCAAGAUGUCGAAGGAUUCCCCACAUAUUUCUAAAUGAAAAAUUAAUAAUUAAUUUAUUAAUAAUACUAGCGUAACAUAGGCCUGUGCCUGGUGACGGUUAAUGGAGUACAGUAAAAGCUCUUUAAGUGCCGGGUUGAAGAACUGUCUGUAUCGUUCAACAAUCAUACAAAAGUUUUUAACACCCCUGAUCAAAUUAUAUGUUUUGUAGAUUUUCUAGUUGGAGUUGCUAAUUAAUGCACUACUUCUGUUUAUUUGCUGAGUUCAAUGAACGAAACAUGAAUUGAACCUAAAAUCUAAAAUUGUUAUAACUUUUGCACAGACCACAAUUUUUUUUUCCAGAAUGUUCAUUUCAGCAAAUAAACAGUAAUUGUGCAAUAAAAUGGGCAGAAGUGUGCUCUCUGUAAAGUAUGUGUUAACUUCUUUUCACAAAUCUACAAAACAUGUAAUUUGAUCAGGGGCGCCCAAACUUUUGUAUAAGACUGUGUUUCAUGCAAAUCAUAGCAAGACACUAGAAUUCCCACACAUUAAUAUAACAGAACUUUUAAACAUGGUAGAUGAUGAGAUCCUACAGUAAUACCAUCAUUUUUGCACCUAACAUACAGUAGAAGGCAAAAGUUUGCACACCCCUUGUAAAAUGAUUUGUUUAUUUUUCUAAGUGAAAAUAUGUUAACUUCCUCCACAGAGGCAACACUUCUCAGUGCUUUUUAGUUCAGAACGGUUUUAAAAUUAAGAAAAAGUGUUGCAAUUAUUAUUAUUAUUAUUCAUUCCAAUUCCAAAUUGAGGUACCAAAAAUUCACAGAUCUUAUUAUGGCAACAAAUGCUUGGGUAUGUAUGCACAUGCAUAAGCUAUCUGAAAACUUUAUCACGAUUCUCUUGGGCACUGAUUAUGCACUCUUGUCUCCAUGUUGACUGUGAUCUAUAGCAGUACAUAGAAAUGUAUUCAGACAAACUCAUUUGCAUAGAGCAAUAAUGAAUCUGUGUACUUUAAAGAAUGUGGCCGUGCCAUUAUGUAAUCUAAUUUUCACAAAUCUCUCAUGCCAACUCUAUUAUGAUGAAAGUCUCCCUACAGACUUGCUUACGCAGAUCUGGAAGCAAUUUCCACAUUUUUUUUCCUUCUCUUUUUCCACUGCGUCAUUGGUCUUUUACCAACUGAGAAGAUUGUAUAAUUUUUAAGAUUUCAUGCUGUCAGUUUUGUGAGGGAGGAAGACAGCCUCCCAACCCAUUUCCUGGGCUUUUCACAAAUAGCCCACAGUCACUUCAGCGGGCAUUUUUCUGAAGGAUGCCACAUUGUCAGUUUAUGCCUUUCUGAGUCCUGCUAUAUUCAUUCUCUGGACUGGACUGGACUGGUGGACCCAGGGUUCUGGCUGGGUUGGUUGGUCCCAUGGCAAAGCCCAUGGAAAGUUAAAGUGGUCACAGAAGCAGUAACAUCAAACGCCUCUUUGUGCAGACGGUGAUGGUGAGGAACAUAUGAGCAUUUCACAGGUGGACAGAGGCCAUUAUAAUGAUGUGUGUAUGCUGGCCUGUGGUUGGCCAUUUGUUACACAGUUGCUUAUGUUAGGGUUACAUAAGAAUAAAGGCGAUGCCCUCAGGAGAUUACUGUUCAGUGUUUUAUGAACUGUUUACUACAGUGUGCUAUAACCUUUCUUGUGAUGUCAUGGUGAUGCUGCAUGUUGGAUUGCUGGAAUAUGCAGUUUAUGCAUUUAUCUAACUCUUGGAUCAGUUAUUAGUCAAGACUUUUUAUUCAGUAACUACUGUGAAACUAAUGUUUGUUAUGAGGAACAAUUAAAAUCUGGGCCUGCAAACUAAUGCUUAAGGUUUAAAGGAAUGGCCAAAAAAAAAAAUGUUUGAUUUAUGAACUCAACCCCCAAUGUAGUCAGUCUGCCAAGAUAUGUUUGGUGUUUUUGUUUCUGUAGUUUUGCCAUGGAGCUAUGAGGCCAAUGUUGCUAGUAAUGUAAGCUUAAAUUUGAACAAUAAUUGAAAGUAUGGAACAAAUCAAGCAUCACGAUGGCUGCUUGUUAUCCGUACACAAUACUUUUGUACAUUUUUAUAGAUAACAGUGUGUCACAAAGUGUAUUUGAAAUUUGACUUGAAAAUUGACCCUGAAAUCUGGCCAAAGUGAAACUUCUACAAUCUUCUGUAAGCAUAUCUACUUGCCUCCUACAGUGGUCUCCCCUAGUGGUUUCUAUAGUCUGAGAUUUUCAGGUUUAAAACUAAUCCUUAGGAGCUUUUAAAAAGAUACAGUUGCAUUGAAGUGAGUUUUUUGGGGAUGUCUGAAAUAUAUAGUUUUUUCACUAGCUGUCGAAGCUAAUAUUACUGCAUAGAAGCCGAAUAUCUUCUAUUUGACUUCAGUUUGACUUCUUGGGGAGGACAAGCUAAAGGAUGAGGUUAGCAAAGCCAGCUAGGCUUAGUUGAGUUUGGCUUAUUUUUUGGCUAAAAUGGUAAACAAAAAAUAGUCUCGGCAGCCCAUCUUGUGCUAAAUAAAUAGAAUUGCUGUUUUCUUUUCAACUGUGUUACUGUAUUUAUUAGCCUAUAGAUCUAGGCUAGGCUAACAAUCAGGAUUGGGUGACAUCUCAGGGAUUUCAUGAUGUAUUUGUGUAAUGCAUGCUGGGUAUUGUAGUGAGAGAUCAUUGAUGAAAAAACACAAAAAUGGUAUAAAAUCAUGAUUGGUUAUCUGUAUGAUUUAGACAUGCAAUUUGCACAAUGAUAAUUGGUGUACAUAAUCUUCUAGUACUUUCAUAUUUGCACAAAACUAAAAACAGUAAGCUUCAGACA